UCUAACAAAAAGGCAAAACAAAACCAGCUAAUUGUUGAAUAUUUUUUUAAAACAGAUUAAACACUGCCAAUAAACGUUUAAAAUGUCCUAUUUGGCCAACUUCAACAAUGAGAGUGCCAAGCAAAUACUUAUGGAUAUAAUACGUUGUGUCAAUCAGCCGGAAAACUCCAAGAAACUCUCAGAAGCAAAGGCGUCCGCUGGAAAAGAGAUGAUUCUCAUGAUGCAGCACGUGUUUCCCUUGGUAAUGCAACUCCAGUUAGAGGUCAUCAAGGGUCACGGCUUUCCCGGAAACCGCGAGGGAUUAGUGCAGUUCUCGCAACUCAUCAGGGAAAUGGAGCGGGACGACAUGGAAAUUGCACGCCUGCGCAGUCAGAUCCGAGCUAUAUACCUGCCACCCAUAGCUAUAAAUACCACAAACGAUAUCCUAAUCUAAGCGGGGGAUAAAUCCCAAAAACAAGACUGUAAACUGGCCUGUUUCGUGGUGAUUUAUAUUCUUUAUUAUUUUUAAAUCUCACGCAUUUUAUUUUAUUAACCAGCAAAAAUAUAGUUUAAGUUCUUAUAUUUCUGACAAAAAAUGUUUUAGAAAAAAUAAAUUAUGAUAAAUAGAAACCCGAGACAGGCCCAUUCAAUAGACUUAAGCUUGGUGUUCUUAUAAAAUGCAUUUCUCUUGAUAAA